GUUCCGCUGCAGCAGAGCACGAAGGAGAGAAGGAGCGAAAUUUUGUGUUGCUAUGAAAAAUAAACAAAGCGGUUAAUGGAGAAACAAGAAUGGGUUAAAAAUAUGACCUGUUUUCAGGCUCAGUGUCGUGGCUUUCUGGUCAGGAAAGAGCUGCGGUCAGUACAGGCUGAAUUUGAGGACAUCGUCAAAGAACUUGAAGGCUCUGCGGAGCAUCUGACCUGGAGGGGUCAGUUCGUACCCAAACCCCACUUUACAGACAGGAAGAGCACAUCGUUCAGAUACCGUCGGCCAAAGACCCAGACUCAUCCUGAGGAUUCAGAGAAGCUGAAGGAACAGCCUGAAGAAAGUGGAAAGUCUCUUGUACACACUGUGGUCUUAGUAGCUGAGAAAGAUGAAGAGCCCAACGGCAGCCCGCAGAGAGAAGGCAGCCAGACCUGUACACCACCAGGGGGCGACAGGGAGGGAGAGGGAAUGGAGACUGAAGCAGGCGUAGAUAUGAGCAGCAUGGCCUUAGAGACCAGCUACAGCAGCUUUCUGCAAAAAGGCAGCCAAACGCGCCCUCUUCUUAAAGAUGUAGCACACAGUCCUGAAGCAUUGAGACAGCACAGAAAAGCGCUGGCCAUGGAGCUGCUGUGGAUCCAGCAGGCCAUCGCUAGCAGGAAGAAGUAUCUCACCUUGAAACAGAAGAUGGAAGUGGCCUAACAACAAAGGGCCGAAGUAAUGGACAGCGGAGUCACAAGUGAAGGUUCUAAAUGGACAUGCUGACACAUUUCAGCUCUGGAAAUAUUAAAGGAGGAGAACAGCUUUGCCACAACUUCAGAUCUCCAGCCCGUUUUCUUCUAUGAUCAUUUCAGUAGAUACGUUCAGCCUUUUCCAUUGCAAACAGCCUUUAAGUACAAGUAAUAAUUUUUUCAGUGUAAAAAAAAAUUUAAAAUAUAUUCAAAGGCCUCAACAACUAAAUGUAAUAUCAACAUGUUC